AAGCCUUCUGCAAACAAUUCACUUUGGUGCGUAGCCUCCGCUUGGCAGCAGUAAAUAGUUUUAAAAGUUUCAGGAAAAGCACUUGCUAACUUAAGAUGAGCAACAUUUACAUACAAGAGCCACCGACGUCGGGCAAGGUUCUACUAAAAACGUCUGUCGGCGACAUCGACAUAGAGCUUUGGUCGAAGGAAUGUCCAUUGGCUUGCCGGAACUUUAUACAACUAUGCCUGGAAGGCUACUACAACGGGACAAUUUUUCACCGUGUCGUGAAAGGCUUCAUCGUGCAGGGAGGAGACCCGAAUGGCGACGGCACGGGAGGCGAAUCGGUGUACGGCCAUCCGUUCAAGGAUGAGUUUCACUCCCGCCUGCGCUACGUUCGACGCGGGCUGGUGGGUAUGGCGAAUUCCGGCAGAAACGAUAACGCCUCACAGUUCUUCUUCACCAUGGGACCAACGCCGGAACUGCAGAACCAGAACACACUGUUUGGGAAGGUUGCGGGCGACACGAUAUACAACAUGCUGAAGCUGGAAGAAGGCGAAGUGUAUGAAAAUGAGCGUCCGCACUUUACCCAUCGCAUCAUUCGGACGGAGGUACUAAACAACCCAUUCGACGACAUCGUACCACGGCGCACGGGCGAUGCGGAUGGAGGCAAAUCGAAACAGGAAAACGAGAACGCAAGCAAGAAGAAGAAGGAGAAAGGGGUUAAAAACUUUGGACUUCUAUCGUUCGGCGAUGAAGCGGAAGAGGAAGAGCUGGAAACUCAGGUGUAUGUACAGAAAAAUGCAUCCGGACGGGGAAAAUCAUCGCACGACGUGCUGGACGAUCCCCAGCUGAGCAAGCAAACGGCAAGCACCAAUGCGGAAGAGGAAUCGAAAACCCGUCGACGGGUGGAUUCUUCUGACGAUGAGGCAGUUUCCUCACCCAAAAGUGAUGAACAGGACGCGGAACAGCAUCGCACCGCUACGAAGGCUUCGCGGAACAAAGACGGUGCAAAAAGUGUGCGAGAAAAGCUGAAGCGUAAACCGGACGAGAAAGCAGUAGAGAGGAAACCGCCCGCUUCGGAUGCAAGCGAAAGCGAUUCCGAUUCCGAUUACGGGCUUGGAAGCGAGAGAAAGAAAGCCAAACAGCAGGAAGCGGAAAAGAUCCGACAGGAGAUAACGAAACUCAAGCGCGACUAUCACACGGACAAACGCUCCAAGGACAAGGAUAAGGAGAGCGAGCAGAAGAAGGUGUCCAAAAAAUCGUCCCGCAAGGAAGUGAUGGACGAGGUGCUAAAGGUGCAGGAAGAAUACACACAGAAAACCAAACAGGUGCCGAAGAAAGGCAGUUCGCGGGAAAACUUCACCAUGGAGCUGUUGCAAAAGUUCAAAUCCAAGCUCCAUUCCGCCCAUGAGCGGGAUCCUGAGUCGCACGCCAGUGCUGCCGUCGACGAAGAGGAGGACAUUCGGGGAGACAAUUGGCUUUCGCACCGGUUGGAGUUUGAAAAGAAGGAUCCAAUCCUAGCGAAAGAUGCCGCCACUAAGGACGACGAUUGGUACGACGUGUACGAUCCGCGGAAUCCGUUGAACAAGCGAAAACGGGGCGAAAAAAUCGAACGCACCCAGAAACCACGCAAAUAAAGGCGUACAGUCUAGCUUA